GCGCUGAAGCCUGAAGGACCCAGGAGGAGCUAGUCAGUUUCAAAGAGCUGGAGGGAAGGCAGAGGGGCAGCCAGCCGGGGCAGAGGCCAGGGUGCCCACAGCAGUCAGGUGUGGCGGGAGUGUUGAGCGACAUGCGGGUUGCAGCAGGCGAUGAGGGCGCCAUGUUUUGGAAGUUUGACCUGCACACAAGCUCGCACCUGGACACGCUGCUGGAGCGGGAGGACCUGAGCCUGCCCGAGCUGCUGGACGAGGAGGACGUGCUGCAGGAGUGCAAGGUCGUCAACCGCAAGCUGCUGGACUUCCUGCUGCAGCCGCCACACCUGGAGGCCAUGGUGGCCUGGGUCACCCAGGAGCCCCCGGCCAGCGGCGAGGAGCGGCUGCGCUACAAGUACCCAAGCGUGGCUUGCGAGAUCCUGACGUCGGAUGUGCCCCAGAUCAACGAUGCGCUGGGCGCGGACGAGUCCCUCCUGAACCGGCUCUACGGUUUCCUGCAGAGCAGCGGCAGCCUCAACCCCCUGCUGGCCAGCUUCUUCAGCAAGGUCAUGGGCAUCCUCAUCAACCGCAAGACGGACCAGCUUGUGUCCUUCCUGCGGAAGAAGGACGACUUUGUGGACCUGCUGCUGCGGCACAUCGGCACCUCGGCCGUCAUGGACCUCCUGCUGCGCCUCCUCACCUGCGUGGAGCGGCCGCAGCUGCGGCAGGACGUGGUCAAUUGGCUCAACGAGGAGAAGAUUGUCCAGCGGCUCAUCGAGCAGAUCCAUCCGUCAAAAGAUGACAAUCAACAUUCCAAUGCGUCCCAGUCCCUUUGCGACAUCAUCCGCCUGAGCCGGGAGCAGAUGAGCCAAGCCCAGGACAGCCCGGAGCCCGACCAGCUGCUGGCCACUCUGGAGAAGCAGGAGACGAUCGAGCAGCUCUUGAGCAACAUGCUGGAGGGGGAGCAGAGCCAGUCGGUCAUCGUGAGCGGGGUCCAGGUGCUGCUCACGCUGCUGGAGCCCAGGAGGCCAAGGCCCGAGUCUGUGACCGUGAACAACUUCUUCAGCAGCGUGGACGGGCAGCUGGAGCUCCUGGCCCAGGGGACCCUGGACAGCACCGUGUCCAGCGUGGGUGCCCUGCAUGCCCUGCGCCCGAGGCUCAGUCACUUCCGCCAGCUCCUGCUUGAGCCCCCAGAGCAGGAGCCUCUGCGCACAACGUGGGGCAGCCUGGCCCCACCGCUGGGCAACACACGGCUGCACGUGGUGAAGCUGCUGGCCAGCGCCCUGAGCGCCAACGACGCGGCCCUGACCCAGGAGCUGCUGGCUCUGGACGUGCCCAACACCAUGCUGGACCUCUUCUUCCACUACGUGUUCAACAACUUCUUGCACACCCAAGUGGAGGUGUGUGUGAGCGCCCUGCUGAGUGCUGGGCCCCCUUCUGACAGCAAUCCUGAGACAUCUGCCCCGAACCCCGUCGUGAAACACCUGCUGCAGCAGUGCCAGCUAGUGGAGCGCAUCCUGACAUCCUGGGAGGAGAACGACCGUGCACAGUCUGUGGGGGGCCCGCGGAGAGGCUACAUGGGCCACCUGACGAGAGUGGCCAAUGCCCUGGUGCAGAACACGGAGAAGGGGCCCAACGCUGAGCAGCUGGGGCAGCUCCUGAAGGAGCUGCCUGGAGAGCAGCAGGAGCAGUGGGAGGCGUUCGUGUCGGGCCCCCUGGCUGAGACCAACAAGAAGAACAUGGUGGACCUGGUGAGCGCCCACCACCUGCACUCCUCCAGCGACGAUGAGGACGACCGGCUCAAGGAGUUCAGCUUCCCCGAGGAGGCGGUGCUGCAGCAGGCCUUCAUGGACUUCCAGAUGCAGCGCAUGACCUCAGCCUUCAUUGACCACUUCGGCUUCAACGACGAGGAGUUCGGCGAGCAGGAGGAGAGUGUGAAUGCACCUUUCGACAAGACUGCCAACAUCACUUUCUCCCUCAACGCAGACGACGAGAACCCCAACGCCAACCUGCUCGAGAUAUGCUACAAGGACCGCAUCCAGCAGUUCGAUGAUGAGGAGGAUGAGGAUGAGGGCCAGGGCUCCGGGGAGUCUGAUGGGGAGGACGGCUCCUGGCGGGGCAGCCCGCUCUCCAGGGGGGCCCGCCUGGGCCAGCCCCCGGGUGUGCGGAGUGGGGGCAGCACGGACAGUGAGGAGGAGGAGGAGGAGGACGAGGAUGGCGAUGGCCAGGCGGCUCUUGGGGGGCCCGGGCCCCCCUCUUAUCCCGGCCCUGGCCCGCAGCCUCCAGGCCCUGGCCCCGGCUGGACUGCAACCUUUGACCCAGUGCCUAGGGGUGCCCCACCUGGCCCCCAGGACUCCAGGGAGGAGGAGCCUCACUCCCGGCCCCCGGCCCUGAGCCCAGCCCAGCCUGCCGCCCAUGAAGCCCCGCAGCUCAGGUCUCAGGACCCCGCGGCCCCCUCAGCACCUCAGGAAGCCUCAGACGGCAGUGAUGCGGUGGGGCCCUCGGCCCCCUGCCAGGCCUUGGUCAGCAUGGAGGACCUCCAGGCCACCCUCAGAGGGACACACUCUGCCCCCAGCCCCUUGGACAGUGCAACUAGAGACCCUGCUACCUCUGUCCCAGCCCCUGCGGCCUGCCAGCACCCUCAGGCCGUGGAAGGGGAGAAGAGCCCAGAGCCCCCGGGGCUCUCCUGGUGUCGGAGGUAACUGCCUGCGCCCCCGGGGUGGCGGCCACACCCUCCAACCUCCUCGUGCACCCUGCCUGGGUUGGGGGCAGGGCGGGUCCUGCGAGGCCCUGCUGCCGCCCCACCCGCCCCACCCUGCCGCCCCCGCGCUGUGUUCUCUGCACUCCCAGGAACCGGGGGCCUGGGAGAGUGGUCUGCACCCCCACCCCCGUUUGCACUGAGAGAAGAAGCGACAGAGUUGUCUCCUAGGAUCAGGAUAGGGCCACAGCGAGAAAGGAGGGAGGGGGGACCUAUAUUAUAUAUUAUAUAUAUGUACUGAGGGGGGAGCGGGCGGAGAGCCGGGCGGCAGGCGGGGGACCUCACCCUGGCCCAGGGGCGCUGUGCUCCCUCCCUCUGUGCCCACAGCCACGCCCACGCCCACACUCGGCCUGUCAGCUCAGGUCCACUCCGUGGAGGCCCGAGUGGGGCCGUGCCUUUGCCCGAACCCCUCACCCCGGACCCUGCACUUUCCCCCAGGCUGGGAGCUCCAGGGCCCUCCAUCUGGCUGGUCGACUCUGCAGAAACGGGGUCGCAGUCUGAGGGCUCCUCUCUGGAGACAUUCCUGUGGGGCCCUGACACUCACUGAGACCCCCAUGCCUCCCGUGGACCCCGGGGCAGGGGUUUGGCGGGGGUCUGGCUGGGUCCCCUCUGCCCGAGGGUCAGGGGUCCAGCCCAGCUGCCAAGUGACCUUGUCCCAGCUCCCUGUCCCCAGGCUGGCGUGAGUGUGUGUGUGUCCGUGCUGAGCUUCUAUUUCAUAUUGCAAAUAUAAAUAAAUGAGGACAGUUGAAGAUG